AAAAAAGCAUGAUGAAUUCAGUGUAAAAUCUGCUGCUCCAUGCAGCAAAAAGGGGAACAAUACCCCUGAGCAAAAUGUGAUCCAGGAUUUUAGCGGUCAAACUAAAGUAAUGCAAGUAGAGGUAAGAAGCGGAAUGACAAAAUCAUCCCUGUGUUCUGGAACUGAAAGUUGGCAAGAGAAAAAGUGUCAUCGAACAGUCCCAGAAGCAGAACAUGGAGUUGUCUCUGAUGAGGUUCCAGUUAAUGGUUCUUCCAGCGUCAAUGUGUCAAAGGCUCUAAAACAGCCUGGAAAAGCUAGCAGCAAGAAUGCUUGCAGUCUUGUGAGAGAAAAUUCCUUCAGCCUGACAGUAACAAAUGCACUGAAUGAUGCUAAAGGACUUAGAAUUUAUGCCGAUCGUCUAAAGAGUUCUGGCUUUGUUUUUGAAAGCAAUGAGAUUUACUUCCAAGCUGCUCUUAAGUUUCUUGGUGUUGCUGCCCUUCUAGAGACCAGUAAUAGUGAGAGCGGUAGACAUGGAGACAUGAACCAAAUGCAAGUGUAUAGCAUUGCCACUAAACUUUGCGAAAUGUGUGCCCAAGAAUAUGAAAAAUGCCAAGAAAUGGCUGCUGCUACUUUGGCCUAUAAAUGCGUGGAGGUAGCGUACAUAAGGGUUGUUUUUUGCAAACAUUCUUCUAGCAGCAGAGACCUGAAAGAGUUGCAAGCAACUCUACAGAUGGUCCCCCAAGGUGAAUCUCCAUCAUCUCCUGUAUCAGAUGUUGAUAAUAACUUAAAUAAUCAAGCAAUUGUAGACAAGGCUCCAUUAGCCAAGGGAAAUGUUUCACAUGUUGCUGGAACCCAUGCCGUUGUUGCUAGAAACUGCCCGAGUUUCAGACGGCUGCUUGACUUUACACAGGAUGCAAGUUUUGCCAUGGAGGCCUCUAGAAAAUCCCAAACAUGUUUCAUAGCUGCUACUUCAUCUCUGGAAGAUCCACAAAAUAUAGAGUGGAUUGCUUCUGUUAAAAAGGUGAUUGAUUUCGGCUUUCAAGAUGUAGAUGAACUUAUAUCUUUGGUUCAGCAGGCUACGCAGGCCAUAAGUCGUUCUGGCUAGGUAGUGCUAGAGAUUAAACACCCUGUAUAUAAUUUUUUGUUUUUCUUUUUAUAACCCUCCCGAUGCGCAUUGGAGAAGAAAGGUGAAAAAGAUGCCUACAUAGACCUGCAUUUGGAAACAAACAAAGACACCGGUCGUGAACAAACUAUUGCCUCAGUGUACAUCUGUAUAAAGUGAGAUUGAUUUGCAAAUUUGCAAUGUAUAUUUUUUCUUAGCCUACUCAUCAAUAAGAGCACAUGAUGCUCGCAAAGAGGGGAAAUUCUAGCUUGUUCAGCUAGAGAUUCGGAGUUCUAUUUAAGAUAUCGGUUCUUAUCGUACUUUAUUUUUCGCUCCAUUUUUUCGGGGCCGAGGAAAAGAAUAUAUAGGGAGUUCGGAAUUCAUUAGGCAAUCAUUUUCAAUAGGUUGAAUACUGAUUAGUUUUGAGAAAUAAUCAAUUUAUCCACUAACAGUUCUCUAUUCUGUUUCCAA